AUCGAAUUAACGUCUUGGAUCGGAAUCUACUUGUUUCAAGCCCCCGCGUCAUAUGGCACAAGAGUAUACUUCUUACCGCCCUGCAGACCGCCUUUCUUGCAUCGGCAAUUUUUCCUGUUGCGCAUCUGGGGUUCGCAUCAUUGUGAGUUUGCGACUCGCGGACUCUAAUCGGAAAUGGACAAUAAUUAGCCCAUUCAAGGAUUGGGAAGCACUUCAAAGAUGGCGCAAUUCAUACCGCGUCAGGUAUUUCCGCACUAUGCGGCCAUCCCAAGGUCUUACUUCUUAGGACACCACCGGGCUGGACUAAGCAAGAUGAAGAACAUGCUAUCUUCAAUCGACUACGUCGUCGAAUGCCGAGAUUAUCGGGCACCUGUGACAUCAAUCAAUCCACUGUUUGAGGAAGCACUGGGAAACAAGAGGAGACUGGUUGUCUAUACGAAAAGAGACCUUGGCAGCAUUCCAAAAUCGCCUACCCAAAAGCUCUUAGAGAAAAAAGUCCGAAGCUUCGACCCUAACAGCGCCGUAUUUUUUGUCAGUUCAUCGUCCCGCGCCGACGUCACUCAAAUCAUUAAACACCUUCGAGACGAUGCCGAAGCACCGGAUAAAAUCGUGGGAUGCCGAGUCUUGGUAGUGGGAAUGCCCAAUAUUGGAAAGUCAACCCUGAUCAACCACCUACGGAACUUUGGUGUGGGAAAAGCAAAGGCCCUGAAAACUGGAGGUCAACCUGGUAUCACUCGGAAGAUUGCCAGCCCCGUGAAGAUCAUCGAGCGAGAGAGCGGGUCCCAUGUCUACGUGCUGGAUACGCCUGGUGUCUUCAUGCCAUAUGUUCCUGAUGCCGACAAUAUGCUCAAGCUAGCGUUGUGUGGUUGUGUCAAAGACGCAGUCAUCUCACCCGUGACUCUGGUCGAUUACUUGCUCUAUCAGAUCAACUUGCAUGAUACGCAGGCGUAUAAGCGUUGGUCCGAGCCUACCAACGAAGUCAUGCCGUUGCUGGAGAGCUUUGCACGACAAACGGGGCUACUGGGAAAGGGCGGGAUCCCUAUUAUAGACAGUGCGGCACUGCACUUUAUUCAGAAGUGGCGGGCGGGUGAGCUUGGUCGAUUCAUACUCGAUGACUUGGAUGCGGAGCAACGGCGGCGAGACGAUCCUGAGCAAAAGGCACAAUUGAGUAUGUCCCAGGCUCUGAAAGUCGAGAGGACGACGCGGAAGAACAAGCCGGAUGUAAAUACUAGCAACUCCUCUUAAUCAAAUGUACGAUAUUAUAAUGAAAGAAGUCAUGUGGGUGGAAGACUGAUGUAUAUCAUUUCAAUCCACGAAAGCGAUGUUUCAUUGAAGAAAAAUGGGAUAAUGCCGGAGAAGAUGAAUAUUUUGCAGAAGCAGCCCCUAACGCCAAAACACUGGGAAAAGAGAAAAACAUGGAAACCCCCUCCACACCAAAUGCGUCAGUCGAAGAUCAAGAGAUCUUCUGUAGAAGGCGUUGUCGUCGCCGAUUGACCAGUUCUUCUUGUACUUCAUCUAGCGAGGGAAGCCGCCAUUCCACCCCAUCACCAGCAUCCCCAGGUAACGGCUCCCAGCCAUCUUCGGCAUCGUCAUCACCCUGGGCGCGCAAAUGCUCAACGGCCUCCUUUUCCUUUUGUUUCUCGUAAGCCAAUAGCGUGCCAUCCUCCUCAUCCAGGCCAUAUCCAAAGUAAUUGGCAUUGACCUUCCUCGUUGCGAUGUCUCCACCACGGCCGGUUCCAGUCCCUUCUUCUUCCUCUGGCGCUCCCCUCCCGCGGCGAGCUGCCGCCUCAAACAUCUCCUUGACACCAGGCAAUUCCCUCGCGCGGCCAAAAUAUCGAUAGCCCUUUCCUCCGCCCGGAAUUUCUCGCCCCUCAUCGUCGUAGACCCGACCAGAUCCGCGCAUGUAGUUCGGUCCGCCCAGGUUCCGGAUUUGCAUCUCCCAGGCCCAUUUCUCGCGCAUGAGCUUGUUGAUUUCGUCAUUGAGGUCGCGGAUCUGGUAGUCGCUGAGACUCAGCUCUUGGAUGCGGGACACUUUGCGGGAGAUUUCUUUGAGGACUUGGCCGCGCCAGCGCUCGCAUGUCGGGAUCGAGUCGACACUUGUGAUCGCUUUUGGUCGUCUCGUCCGGCCGAGAUCAAUGAUUCCCAUGUCCGCUGCUUGUUGCGCCCGAAAGCGGAACAGCAUGGACUGGGCUUUUUCACUGUUGCGAGCCUAUUCAUGGCGGGGGG